AUGCCGCCUUUCAAAGCAGGGUUGUUGAAAAGAAAAAAUGUGUCCCAAGAGUCAAAGAACAGUGAUGCAGAAGACAAGAACACUACCAGUGGAGAUGAGGACGAGGAGUUAGUGAAAGGUUUCCUGGACGAAGGAGAUGAUGCUGCAGACUCGGAGCAUGAAGAGGACGGACACUCAGACGGAGAAAGAGAUGCAAGUCACUGUUGUUUACUAGCACUUGAAGUUUUAUUUGAAGAACAUGAUUCAACAUUAGGUGAUGAUGAGCACGAAAAUGAAACAUCGGAACCUGAAUCUUCUGACCUGACUGACUCAGAAGAAGGUGAAGAAACUGAUGAAGAUGAAGGUGACAGUAGUCAGGAUGAGGAACAUGUGAGCAGUGACAGCGGAGCUGAGACUGGCUUGAGGCCGACCACGAGCAGCGGUGAGGAGACGGCCGGGGAGAAAGAUGACAAGAAGCAAAAUAAACAAGUGACUAAGAAAAAAAACAAACAAGUGAUUAAGAAGAAAAACAAACAAGUGACUAAGAUGAAACAGGAGAAGAAGAGAAACAAUAAAACAAACAGCAUUGAAGUUAUGUCUGCUACUAUACAAGAAGACAGACUGACAGCACCCGUACAACAAAAAGAUGAGUACGAGUCCGGAGACACAUCGGACGAGGAGGACCGAACCAACACUGUGGGUGACAUCCCCAUGUGGUGGUACAACGAGUACCCUCACAUAGGAUACACGCUCGACGGACAGAGAAUCAUCAAGCCUCCACAGAGAGACCAGAUCGAUGAGUUCCUUAAGAAGUGUUCGGACCCUGAGUUCUGGCGCACGGUGAAGGACCCUCAGACUGGUCAGGACGUGGUGCUCGCUCCCAGCGACCUGCGGCUGCUGGAGAGACUCCGGGCCUCGCGCCUGCCCUCCGACACGCACGACGAAUACGAGCCGUGGGUGGAAUGGUUCAGUCGCGAGGUGCUGGCGACUCCUCUCCGCGCCUUCCCGGACCACAAGCGGUCGUUCCUGCCGUCUCGCUCGGAGCAGCUCGCCGUGUCCAAGCUGGUGCACGCGCUCAAGAUGGGUUGGACCAAGACCAGGAAGGAGAUGGCCGCGGAGAAGAGGAAGAAGAAGGAGCGAGCCUUCUACGACCUGUGGUCGUCGUCGGCCACGCCCGCGACGGGCGGAGCGCGCGUGUUGCCCGCUCCUAAGAGAGCGCUGCCGGGACACGCGGAGAGUUACAACCCACCCGCGGAGUACCUGCUGGAUGACAAGGAGAUGAAGGAGUGGGACGCGCUGGCGGAGACGCCGUGGAAGCGGAAGUACACCUUCCUGCCGCAGAAACACAGCUGCCUGAGGGACGUGGAGGCGUUCCCUCGGUUCGUACGGGAGAGGUUCCUGCGCUGUCUGGACCUGUACCUGGCGCCCCGCGCGCUCAAGAUGAGGCUGACCAUCAACGCGGAGGACCUGGUGCCCAAGCUGCCCUCCCCGCGGGACCUGCAGCCCUUCCCCACGGCCGAGGUGCUCCAGUUCCGAGGACACACGGACGUGGUGCGGAGCUGCGACUUCGACCCCUCGGGCCAGUACGUGGUGUCGGGGAGCGAGGACGGCACGCUCAGAGUGUGGGAGAGCAGCACGGGUCGUUGUGUCCGCACGGUGUCUCUAGGCGCGCCCGUGACGCGCGUGUCGUGGAGCCCGUCGUCCUCUCUGUGCCUGGUGUCGGCGGCGGCCGGGCCUCGCGCGCUGCUGCUCAACGUGCAGGCGGGCGCCGGGGCUCACCGCGCCGCGCGCGCCACCGACCGCCUGCUGGCCGAGGCGCCGCCGCAACACGACACUCGCAGUGAGUCACCCGCCUCUAUACACGCCUCCCCCCCCUCACGAGUGUCUCAUCCCCCCCGUUCUCUCCCCCCAGUGGACGAGCGCACGUCGUCAUGUGUGGAGUGGGAGGAGGUGGACGCGACCCAGUGGGCGCUCGGCGUCAGGAUCUCCAUCAAACACUUCAAGCCGCUGACACACCUGUCGUGGCACGCGCGCGGGGACUACCUGGCGGCCACGUUGUCGGAGGGCGCGUCCCGCUCGGUGGUGGUGCACCAGCUGUCCCGGCGCCGCUCGCAGCUCCCGUUCCGGCGCGCGUGCGGGCUGGUGCAGGCGGCCGUGUUCCACCCUCGCCGGCCGCUGCUGCUGGUGGCCACGCAGCGCGCCGUCCGCAUCUACGACCUCGUGAAGCAGGAGCUGUCCCGCAAGCUGCGGCCGGGCGCGCAGUGGCUCAGCUCGCUGGCCGUGCACCCGGGCGGCGACCACCUGCUGCUCGGCUCCUACGACCGCAAGCUGGUGUGGUUCGACCUGGAGCUGUCGGCGCGGCCCUACCGCACGCUGAGGGUGCACGGCGGGGCGGUGCGCGCCGUGGCCUUCCACCCGCGGUACCCGCUGUUCGCGUCCGGCGGGGACGACCCCUACCUGGUGGUGUGUCACGGCACCGUGUACAACGACCUGCUCACCAACCCGCUGCUGGUGCCGCUGAAGCAGCUGCCGGCGGGCGAGGCGGCCGGCGCGCUCCGGGUGCUCGACCUGCGCUGGCACCCGCACCAGCCCUGGCUGCUGGCCGCCGGCGCUGACAGCACGCUGCGGCUGUACUCAUGA